AUGUAAAGAACUGGAAAUAAAUUUGAUGCUUAUAUGGAAAAAGAUGCAUUUUGUAAAUUCAUCUCAGAUGAAUUGAUUGGUGAAAAAGGAUUGAAAGAAAUUUAAAAAUUUUUAAUUUUCAAAUAUUUUUUUGUUUGUUUAUGA